CACAUCCAGUGCUCAUUGUGGCAGAAUUGCAGUGCACUGGACUGUACAGAGCAGGGUACCAUCCAGGCUGUUGUCUGUGAGGGGUGGGGUCCGGCCACACUGAUACCACCUAACAUAAGCUCACAGAGGGAUACAGAGAGGCCGAAAAAGACAGAGAGAAAGAGAGAGAAGAGGGGGGAAGACUGCACCUGAAGAGGAAUAUAAUACGGAAUGAAAGGAGACACCCCAGUGAACAGCACCAUGAGCGUCGGCCAGGCCAGGAAGCUGGUGGAGCAACUGAAGAUCGAGGCUAGUUUCUGCAGGAUAAAGGUUUCAAAGGCGGCAGCCGACCUGAUGGCGUACUGUGACGCACACGCCUGCGACGACCCCCUGAUCACCCCCGUGCCCACCUCAGAGAACCCUUUCAGGGAGAAGAAAUUCUUCUGCGCUCUGCUUUGAGACAAAUCAGGGAUUGUUGUCCAGGCAAAGUACAAGUGUACAGUGUGUACAUGUAUGUACAGUGUGUACAUGUACUUCCGAUCUAAAUAAGACAUUGAUGUACUAUAGUAACCUCGCAUUAAAGCUGCCGAUGUACAGUACAUGAUCUACUAUAAAACCAAAUGUCGAAAUUCUCAAAAUGCAGACACGCGUCUCAAUGGCAGAGGGGAAGAAUUUGCAGCAAAUCUUUAACAUUUAAGACGGAAAUGACAAUAACAUUAAAUAAAAGGCAAGAAGAAUUAAAACACUCCUAAUCAUAAGGCUGAAAACAUUUCAUGCUCUCAUAGAUCAUCGAUAACUGCCAAAAAGAGCGGACAGCGGGCUGG